AUGAUUGAAAAAAGGAAAUACGAUAAGAAUUUGUUGAGACUUGAAUUAGAAGACGCAUUCGAGGAAGUAAAUGAAUCACAGAUAGAAAAAAUUGUGGAAAAAUCGGAUUACGACCUAAACAACAUAAUUGCGGAUUUAAAUAAACAGAUUGGUCAAGAGUUUGCGGCAAGCAAUAUCAUCUCUAGCAUGUUAUGUGCAGACACUACUAACGAACUAAGAAUUAAACCCAUUCCAGGAAAGAUUAAGCAAAAUUCAAUAGAUUUUCACGGACUUAGAAGAAAAUCAACUAAGCAAGCAACUCUCCGUAUUGCACAAGACAUCUCGCCAAAUAAUAACGUCAAUUACUCUUUUAUUUACGGUAAAGGUAAUAAUUCAAAAGGAAAUGCUAUUCUCAAGUACCACGGUAAAGAAGCUUUGAAUAUAGCUGGAUAUAACGCUGAAAUCGAUGCAGGACGUAUUAAUAUAAAAUCUCGAUCAAAAAUCCCUGAAGGAAACGUUAUUGAAUAUCAACACAAUAAGUUCUAA